GCUCGCGCGUCCGACCGGGCAGGACCUAGUCGUGGUGCGCGCGUGGCGUGUACGUGUGUAUGAUCGAUUGCGGGGUAGUCGCGAGCGCGCUCCUUCCCAAUUUCCGCGACGAUCCAUCCGACACAUCGCCGUCGUCGCGGUGCCUAUCGAUCAGCGCUCAUCCUCGAGAUGACGUCGCGGCCGCGCCGUCACCCUCGCUGAAGCCUCCUUCUCCCCCCUCCCCCCUCUUGCCUCGUCUCACCAGCUGCUCCUCCCCGUCGAUGAAGCGGCCCCGUCGUCAGGAUGAUGCAGGACGUCUCCGCCGGCGCACCCGCCGCCGACGAUCAGCAUGCCGCCUCCAAGUCGGUGCUGCUCAACACCUUCGUCGUGAAGAAGAAGCGGUGCCGCGUAUACUUUCAUCGCGGCAUGCUCAUCUGGGAGACCGAGCGACCGCCUUACACCAGAUGGACCCUGCCCCUGACGGACGUGCUGGCGGUGCGCUACGGCGACGACUGGAUACCGGGUGUGAGCGUUAAGGAGAAGCAGCCGGCGCAGCCGACCUCACCGACCACGGUGUGCCCGACCAACUUCAUCCUGCACUACGCCGUGCGCGGGUCCAAGAACAAAUGGCGGCACCACAGCGUGACGAUGAGCCACACGGAUCCGCGGCAGGUCGCCUCGUGGGUGAAAACCAUUCGCAACUACCUCCUGGGCCUGACUUAUCGGCCGCGAAAGGUGAUGCUGUUCAUCAAUCCCUAUGGCGGUAAGAAAAAAGGUGUCAAGAUCUGGGAGAAGGAUGUCCAGCCGCUCAUGACCAUCGCCGGCAUUGAGACAAAAAUGAUGGUCACAGAGCGUGCCGGCCACAUUCGCGACGCACUGCUCACGGCCGACUUGAGUGACCUACAUGCGGUGGUGUGCAUCGGCGGCGACGGCACGUUCUCCGAGGUGUUCAACGGGCUGAUACUGAGGGCGGCGAAGGAUCAGCAGAUCGAUCCCAACGACCCUGACGCCCGGCUGCCCGUGCCCGCCCUGCCCGUCGGCGUCAUACCCAGCGGUAGCACCGACACGGUCGCCUACAGCCUGCACGGCACCACCGACGUGGAGACCGCCGCCAUACAUAUCAUCUUCGGCGACUCGAUCGGCGUGGACAUCUCGUCGGUCCACAACAAUCGCACCUUGCUCAGGUUCUACGCCAGCGUGCUCAGCUACGGUUACCUGGGCGACGUGAUCCGCGACAGCGAAAAGUUCCGCUGGAUGGGACCGCGUAGAUACGAGUGGUCCGGAUUCAAGAAGAUGUUAGCGAACAGGGGCUACGAGGGUGAGAUCGAGCUGCUGUCGGACCCGUGCCACCCGGCGGGCAGCACCAGGUGCAUGAAGAAUUGCCUGCGCUGCCUGCAGCACAUGCACAACAGCAUCCCCGACGGGGAGAUCUCCAGGUGGGUGACUGUCAGAGGGAAGUUCUUCAUGGUGAACGGCGCGAACGUGUCGUGUGCGUGCUCGAAAUGCCCCAACGGCUUCAGUCCGCACUGUCACAUAGGCGACGGCUGCGUGGACAUAAUUCUAAUUCGACACACAUCCCUGAUAAACAACCUCAGAUUACUCCUCAGGCUGUCCAGCAAACGGAAGACUUUGUACGAGCUUCCGUUUGUCGAGGUCUACCGGGCGAGGGAAUUCACGUUCCGCGCCCUGCCGACGCUGCAGUUCGAGAACGGGCUGAACACGGCCCGCACGGGCUCGCGGCUCAGCGUGUGGAACUGCGACGGCGAGAUGAUCGACAACACCAAUGUGAAAAUCAGGGUACACUGCCAAUUACUGAAGGUCUACACGAGACGGACCCAGGAAUCGGCACGGGAGCCGGCGUGCCUCAGCUGCACCACGUGAACGAGUCCCCACCCUCGAAUGGAAUCGUCUUACACGCCGGCUGAUCCUCGGUUUCAGACGGUUCAAGGCCACGAUCUCCCCCGCUCCGCGAACGCCUCUCGAAGGGGCACAGUUCCUUUGUUCUUGCCCUAUUACGACCACGACCUCUUACGCCACAACAUAAAUCGAUCGAAAAAGUCGUUCGUUCCUUUAAUCCUUGCACUGAUUAUCAAAAAAAGAAAAACGAACAAUUUUUUUUUCGUCAAUCUGAACAUUUCCAAGCACAUCCAACGCGAAGCUGGGGAAUAAUUUUACGCGUUGAAUACGCUCUUCCAUCAUUAUUUCUUAACUCUGGAUAAGUUUUUAAUUAUUAUUGGAUAACUUCUUAAUUUAUCACUGGCAGCGACGAGUAAAACUUGUAAAACUUUCCAUGUAAAAAAAAAUUGUUGUUAGAGUUUUACAAAUUUUACUAGCAAGUUUGACUCGUGGCGUUUAAUCUGGCGUUAAAUUAAAUAUAAUUAAUAGUGUAAUAUAUGUAAUAUAAUUAAUAACAUUACAAAACUCUCCUGACUCUAGAUGGCGAAACGAAACGAAAUUCACUUACUGUUGUACACAGUUGGAAAAAAUUUGUGUUAAAUUUAACAAAUUUUACAUAUCCCAAACGGUCCAAAUUUGUGUGUUUAAUUUAACACAGAUGAAAGUAAUAUGAAUAUUAUACGGAAAUUAACACAAAAAAUGUAACAUUUUGACGCAAUUUGAAGACAAAUUGUGGAAAGCAUAUUUUUUCAGCCAAACUAAUAAUUAUUUUCGAAUUUUCGCUCUAAAGCUAUACAUUAUUUUUAUAUUAUUUAUUCACUACUCAUAAAUUGUGUUGUUUGAACACUGAGAAAUGUUAAAUAUCAAUUUAACACGAAGUGAUUCAAAUAAUUGCAUCAUGUUAAGUUAUAUUCAGGUAUAUGUUAAAAAUUCAACAUAAAAUUUUAACCAGGAUUCGAAUGGACCGUUUUUGACAUAAGUAAAAUGUUUUCCACUAUGUCUUAGGGAGAAUUUUGUUAAUGUUGAUUGUAACGUCGGCCGGAAUCCGGGCGAGUGCUGAGCACAGGUGCACAGGAUUGCAUUGAUUGAUUAAAAAAACCAGCGUGCGCGAGCUCACAUCAUCUUCGGUGUUUACGCCCGCGGUGUAAUCCGUCUCGCGCGCAGAAACUCAUUUAUAACUUUUUUAUCGUAAUUGCAUUUGACGACCGUUUGGCAAUUGAUGCGCUUUCCGAGAAUACACGGUACAUUCCGCCUGUCGGCGCGACGCGGACCGCAAUGAUGCUCAAAAUUAAUUUUAUAUGCGCGCGUCGACGAUAUUUUCCUACAAAAAUAAACAUUAAAACAAAGGGAAAAAACCACGUGAUAUAUGUAACAUCAUUGAGACACGAUUCGCUCGAUCUCUUAUAAGUUCGCUUAUAAGUUCGAGAGAAUUUUCAGUUGAAAUUACUGAGAAUGCGUAUAAAGAGAGUGUCACCAAUUAUCUGGAAAUCGUCAUUUUCAGAUAAAAUAUAUAAUCGCAUAAUUGUUAAUUAACAAAUUGGUAAUUUCAAAAUACGAAAGUAACAAUAACAAGUUGAAAUAAAAUUUUAACUCGUAACUGUAUAAGUAAUCGCUCGUUCUUAAAAUAUUUACACAUUAGAAUCCGAAAUCAUGUGACUAAGAAAGAUUAUACUGUUCUGAGAGUCAAUCGAAAAUUUGUCUAUAAACGGCGGAAUCAAUCAGCAUCGGGAUUGGCGACGCUCUCUUUAUGUAAAAUUACCGUCCCGCGCGCGCUUCCCGCCCGAUCACUGUUUCGCGCUUAUCGCGCGCAUAGAUACUCGCUGAAAACUCCAGGGACUGCAUUUAUCGUGGUCACCUCGCGACGCAGAAACCAACGACGACACUACCAAGCCGAUUAUACUUCUACGUUUUGUACUUAAAGCGUUUUACCGACACAAGCCAACGAACUCGAGGCGAGUUAAGUGAUAAACGUGGGCAAUUAUUGGUUUGCGUUUAGUAGAAGAAGCAUAUCUGUGCAACUGUUUGUAAGAUUCUCUAACAUGAUAGUAUAUUUAUAUCUGUGGGGACCCACAGGUAAGAAUUAAUAUCGUAUUAAAGAAACUUACACGAUAGUUACGAAGCUGCUUCUUCCGUCGAGCACGCAGCCAUCGUUACUUAAAUUUACACAUGUAUACAUGUGUUAUUGAUUGUAAAUUUAUUUCAACGAUAAAUUCGCAAUCAAUAGCGAGUGCAAUAAGUCGUCAGCGUAACAAAUUUAAGUGAUAUUACCGAUAGUAAAAUUUUCAAAAAGCUCGGUUCGCAAAAUCGAUUUUUCGUCACGCGAUCCACCUCGAGUGACGAGCUUUUUUCCUUUACGUUUACGCCUUUUACGUAAAGACAAUCAAGUCGAAUGCGAGAGUGGUGCUUGAGUUUUGCGAAAACUCUGAGGCUUAGAGGCCUAAUUCAAUAGCGAUUAACGAGCUUCUUUUCCAGUAGUUCCCAUCUUUGUUCGCGAAAGUAUUUAGAUUAGAGUAUACUUGCACGUUAAUUGUAAUAGCGAGAGCGCAUAAUGUGCGGCAACGAGACGCGAUUGUUUGCGAUUAAAACGCAACGACGUUUAGGCGAAUGUGCGCGAAUAUCUUUAAUUACGUUGCCGAUGCUUCAGUGUCUUAGAAACCUCAGCUGUCUCGUAUAUAGGAUAAAUUUUCCGUGAAAUUCAUUAGUGUCGGUCCACAAUGAGGAUUUUAAGCCCUAAGCAGUAAAAAAAAAUAGACCAAUCGUAGUCGAAUAUGGGGAGAAUCGAUUGUAAUCGAAUCAAUACCUUACGGAGUAAGGCUUGAAAUCCUUAUUGUGGACCGACACUUACAACUUACGAGAUAAAGGCUGCAUUCACAUAUGCCUCCUUUUUCUUUAAACACUAGAUUCGACGAAGUGUCGACAUAUUUGAAGAUAUCACUCUGUAAUAUAUUUUAGGAGAGAGAUUACUUCGAGGUAUAUUUUUUGACGAGAGAAAAAAAAAUUUAGGCACUUUAGCGCGUGAGAUACAGGAAUUUAAUACUGGAAAUUACUUAUUUCGAGUAUUAUUAAAGCACAGUGCUGAAAAUAAGUGAUUGACUGCUACCUUAAAAUUCUCUAAAGGAUUUCAAUGGAAGGUAACUUAUAAAGAGAAGUAUAAUAAUAAAGAAAAGAUAUUUUUCUCGUGUGACGAAGGGUAUUUCGAUUUCGCAACUUUGCCGUUUGCGUCUCACGUAUAAAGCACAACACUGAGAGACAUUGAGUCCCAAAAUUCUCUUGAUCGUCGCGCGAAGCGGAAGAUAUUCCGCAGUUGAGAGAGCGCGGUCUGCACCGCGAAUAUCCUAUUUUUAGUACGUUCUAAGCAGGUGCUAAGCGUCGUCGGGAAAUUAGAUCUAGUUGUAGGGUUUCGCUGUACGCGUGUCAAAGCGGAUAAUCGGCAGAUUACCGACAUAAACAGUCGUGCAAGCAGUCAUGUCCUAUCGAUGGCCAAGCCAUAAAAAAUUCAUCAGGGAGGGGAAAGCUAUAAGCUCGUGGAAAGCUAUAGCCAGUGGAGAGGCACGACGUCACGGUCGCGGUUGAGGGACGGAUGCAAUAUAGUAAAUACACGAAUAUAUUUUAGGGGUGAGAUUUAACUUUGAGGUAUAUUUUUCGACGAGAGAAAAAAAAGAUUAGGCACUUCAGCGCACUUGAGAUCUAGGUCGUACGCAGAGAUUUGAUUCGUUCCUUCGUGUAACGACAUAUCAUGGAUUCGUACCAGAUCUAUGUAUUAUAUAGGAUUCGCGCGGCGGAGAUAGAUUAUGCAUAUUUUCUGAUUUGCGAGACGUUGUUCGCGCGAUAUUGAGACGAAAUGUCUUCUUAAAGGGCGGUUUAGACUUAACGCGCAUUAACGAAGUAGAUGUCACCGAAGCAGCACAUAUAGUUGUAUACGAUAUCAGAAAUUGUACAGAUAUAUAUAUUAUAUAUUAUAUAUACAUAUAUAUUUUUUUUUAAUCGCGAAUGUAUUUAUAUAUAUAAAGUGGACAAGUACAGCGAAUUAAUGUGAUGAUCUAUUUUGAUGGAUAUAGCAUAUAUAUAUAUAUUAUUUUGAUUCCUAUCACUGGGAAGGUGCACCAAGCGCGUGGCUGCACGGAAUAAAUUAUAUUAACUUUCUA